UUCACCUCAUUUCACAUUUCCAGCUCUGCGGACCGAGCUGGUGUCUGAGCGUCCGUGCCUCUUAAUAAAGAAACAUAUUCACAUAUAUUACAAACAUAUAUUAGUUUGUUGAAGCUGCAGAUCUUCAAGAUGAAGACCUUCAUGUUCCUGGUUCUUCUGGGAACAGGUCUACUCGGUGCGACAGCAGUCACUCACUCUAUGAAGUAUUUCUACACUGGAUCCUCUGGAGUCUCAAACUUCCCAGAGUUUGUAAUUGCUGGGAUGGUUGAUGAGGAGCAGAUGAUUUACUAUGACAGUAACACGAAGAAAGUUGAACCCAAACAGGACUGGAUGAACAAAGUCACAGAAGAUAAUCCACAGUACCUGGAGCAGCAGAGUCAGAUAGCUUUGGGUCACCAGCAGACCUUCAAAGGCAACAUUGACAUUGCAAAGAAUCGCUUCAACCAAACUGGAGGUGUCCACAUUUUCCAGUUAAUGUACGGCUGUGAGUGGGAUGAUGAGACUGGUAAGGUCACUGGUUUUUGGCAGUAUGGUUAUGAUGGAGAAGACUUCGUAUCAUUUGAUUUGAAGACAGAGACAUGGAUCGCUCCAAAACAACAGGCUGUCAUCACCAAAAACAAGUGGGAUCAGAACAAAGCUCUGAUAGCAAAGGAAAAAAACUACAUCACCCAGCUUUGUCCUGAGUGGGUGAAGAAGUACGUGAACUACGGGAGGAGCUCUCUGAUGAGAACAGAGCUUCCCUCAGUGUCUCUCCUCCAGAAGACUUCCUCCUCUCCAGUCACCUGCCAUGCUACAGGUUUCUACCCUGACAGAGCCUCACUCGUCUGGAAAAAAGAUGGAGUGGAACUUCAUGAGAACGUGGACCACGGAGAGAUCGUCCCCAACCAUGAUGGAACCUUCCAGAUGAGCAUUGACCUGAAACCAGACGCAUCUGAAGACUGGAGCAAGUACGACUGUGUGUUUCAGCUCGCUGGUGUGAAGAAAGACAUCGUCACCAGACUGGACAAAAAGGCGAUCCUGACCAACGAACAGAAUCUCAUGAUGAUCAUCAUCAUUGUUGCAGUGGCUGUUCUCGCUCUCGCCAUUGCCGGGAUUGGAUUCUUCAUUUAUAAACAGAAGAAAGCCAAACGCCCUCCAUCUCCUGUCAGCAACCCUGAGGUCAUGGAGGAACUGAAUCCAAAAGCCUAAAUGACAAACAACCAUCCUGAACACAGUUCAUGAAUAAAUUCUGCACUGGAAAAAGGAGCGGUGCCACCACAUUCUCUGUAAACUGGGAGUUCAUUGGUUAUUCAUCAUCAUAUCAUGAACUGAUAGAAUCAGGGUUGUGGAUCUAGUAAUAGAUGCUGAUUGAUUGGAGCACAAAGAAAACUAAUCUGGAAAAUAAGUUGACAAAUAUUUUAUAAACAUUAUCAAACAUAAACGGUGACAAAUUUCCUGAUGAUCAAAUGUUUGCUUAAAUGUGCAUAAAUCAAAUGAGGAUUCAUAUUUUCUGAAAUGAAAACAUCACAGUGCUUCAUACAAACAUAAUUGAUGUUAAAUUUGUGCAUUCAUCUAAAAAUAUUAAACAUAGUUACAGUUCAAUCAUCUGGUGUUGGGGUUUUCGGGUAAAAUCAGUAUUGGUAAUACAGAUGUAAAUAUACAUAUGUUGACACACACACAUGCACACACAUGCACACACACAUCCACAUAAGUGCAUUCACAUUUUUCACAUAUAUAGUAUAGUAUACAUAGUGUCUGGCAGUUUGAUGAUAUAUACUUUGAGAUAACAGAUAUUUGACAAGCUGUAGAGAGUUUUUGACACUUUCUGCUGAGAAAAUGAUUCUUUGUUUCUCUGGUUGUAUCAGAUCACUGGAGGAGAAACUGUAAAUCAGUCAGCAGCAUCCAAACACAUGACACAUAAAUGGGACAUGCUAAAUUGCCUGUACAUGUGUGAACUGUACUCCAAUGCUAAAUUUAUUCUCCAGUUGUGUAAAUAGUUUGCUUGUAUAUUUCUUUAAAAGUGCAAAGAUUCUGUUUUGAUUAUAACCUGAAGGGAAAAUUAAUUUAUGUCUUUGAGGUUUUUCUGAAUUAAUCAAGAGUGUGUUUUUAUAAUAUCUCUAUUUUAAUUUGUGUUGAAACAUAUUUUAGCUGAGAUAAUAAUGGCUGUGGGAUGUUUUAAGUUUGUCAUCACACUCAUAGAAAUCUUCUUGAAAAUAUUUCAUGCUGGUAUGUCAGGACAAAGACGUUUUUCUUUUUUAGAUUUGUAACCACAAACAAAUUAAACAGCAAAGCUUCAAAUCACUUCUCUUGUUGGGUCAAACAGAUGAAGUCACUCUGCUUUUUCAUUCCUUUUGUACUGGUUUGAUUUCAAUAAAGUACCCAAUGUUCCAACUUUC